AUGGUGGCACCACAAUUGCUUCAAGAACUCUUAUAUGGGUUAGCGCUGAGAAUGCCUAGCAAGAAUGAGCCUGAGACUACUGCAGCCAAGAUGGUGAGCACUAUGACUUACUUGAGCAACUUCUGCUUCUCUCUCUUGACCACUUCCUUGUAUUCUGACUUGUCAACUCUAUCGUUCUCCAUUGCUUUACGAAUUUGUAUUGAAAAUGUAAGUUUUGCAAGUUAUAACCAUAAUGGAGCUGGUUCUCAAAACAGCACUCAGUUGCGGCCAGAUCAGAUUCCAGUCAUAGUUCUCAGCAUCACGAAACUAGAAUAUGAGAAUGCUGGCAGUAGCAGAGACAAUACUCAGGAACCACUUCUGUGCUAUGUUUAUUUGGGGGAGAAGAUUUAAGAUGUCAGAGGAGUUAGCAGAGAUGAAACUAGAAUAAAAUUUGCUAAUGCUUCCACUUCUAACUACAUGGAGAUAUUACAAGAUAAAAUAAUAACUAUUCAUUCCAAGUAAAGCAGCACAGUGACACUGGGAUAUUUGAGAAUCCCAAUAGGCUUAGUGAUGAGCACCUAUGAUAAACAGAUAAAGGGUUGGCUUCCACUCUUUCCAGAGAGAGAUCACGAUAUAUCAUUGUUAGGGCAUUACCUUGCACAAGAGAUAUCAAAACCGAGAAUAUAUGUAGACUUAAGGCUGGCUUAUGAUAAACCUCAGAAGCAGAUUAUAUUCUCCUCUCCUUCUGUAAAUCCAUUCAAAACUAGUCAGGGCUUUGGGAAUCAACCACUAAGAAAUACAGAGGGAUACUCUCAAAGUCCUAUUGAAAACUAAGAUGAUCUAAGCAGCAGUGCAACUUAUGAGGAAAUAUCAGAGAACAUAACAUUAAUCUAAGGAAGACCUUAGGAAGAUCCAUAAAGAUUAACAGUCUAGUCAGCUAACAGUGGCCAGCAAAUAUUCAGGAAAAAGAAAAAGAUGUACACUUAAUCAGCUAAUCCGAACAUUUAGCUUGUUGCACCAACAGUAGCAUCAACUGCCAACAAGCAAUAACCAGCUGUUGAGACAAACUAGCCUCUGAUCAAGGAAGAGUUACUAAUAUAGCUGCCUCCAGUAGUGGAUAAAAUAACUGUAAAGAGAGAAUUAGUUACCCAAGUAGAUGAAGUAGUCUAGCAGAUAUCUGACUUAAACACAGUCAACAGCAAGGAACUUACAAGUUGGUAUACUAGAGUCAAGCAAAUCUAGAUAAAUGAUAAUAAAGACUUGAUUGUUAAUGAUCAAAGACAAGCUUAACUUAACUAGCUCUAGAGAGACACCAUUGCCUUGUAAAACUUCAGAAAAGAACAAGAGAGCUACAAGUAGCAACUCGAUACUUAGGUGAGACUUCUAGAGACUCAUGGUCAGCAUCAGAUGAAAAAGGAAAAGUUAGAUAGGUUGCAGGAGACGGUCUAGAAAUUAAAAAAUGAGAUGAAUUCUUUGUAAAAUCUAAACUUAACGCAAGACCCAGCUACAGGUAUAAAGAUGAAGACUCUCUAGGAUUAAAUUUAUGAAGAAGUGGACUAGCAGAAAGAGUUAAUUGUGAAUAUUUAGCUCGAAUAAUCCACUAAUAUAGAUAAGCUGCUUACUGAUAAACUUCUCCAGUCUUAAGAGCAGCUAGGUCUAGAGAACAAGGUAGUUGGCUUUAAACAGGACCAAAUACUUGUUCAGCAUAGCGUUGAUAGACAGCAAGUAGAGUUGAAUUUCCUGCAAAAGUACAUUUAGUCUGAGCAGCUUUAAAUCAAGAAUGUUGACUAGCAAUACAGAGACUUGAUAAAGAAGCAUCAGUUGAAGUUGCAAGAGGAUUAAAUGAGAGUGGAUCAAAUCAAGUCAAAGAUCGAGCAUACUUAGCAAGAGUACACCCAGAACUAAGAAUCCUUAAUAAAGUAGAAGUAAGUUAUGAAUGAGCAGAUUCUUGAGAGAAUAAAUGACAGCAAAGUAUAAAACUCCAUUGAGGUUCAAAAAAUGCAGCAAGAAAUUUAAGAUUCAAUCAGAGAGCUCUCACAGGCUUUGAAUGACAAGCAAGAGGCUGUGAAAACUUUAAAGAAUAUACAUACUCAGUUGAAGAUCUAAGUGGAAAAUGACACAAUCACAGUAAUGACUGGAGAUAAUAAGGAUCUGAGAGAGAAAGUCUAAGACAAGAAUGAUGUGCUGCAGAGCAAGGAUGAUAAGCACACUGAGACUGAGAAUUAGCUAGAGCAGUUUGAAAAAAAUAUUGAAUUCCUAGAAAAUAAGGAGCAGAUUCAUAAUGAGUUCAAGAAAGGAUAUAUGUUUUUAGAGUAUCAUUCAAACAAUCUAGUUUAAGAGUAAAAGAACAUCAAGAGACUCAUUGAAGAUUUGAAGAGAUGGAGGGAGGAGUCAUAGGAGAAGCUAUAGAUCUAGCAAUAGGAUUUUAACUCAUUUGAUGUAGAAAUGAAGCAAUUCUUAGAGGAGAUAGCAAGGCAGUUGGAUUAAGAGGCAAAUAAAAUGGAUCAUCUAUCAGGCAUAAAAUCUUAGUAAGAACUAGAAAGCCACAUGAGAGAGAAGCUAGCUUAAAUCAGAGAAAUGGAAGCUACUCUCAGAGGAAAAGAUCAUGAGAUAGACACACUUGAGAUGAUUCAGUCUCAAAAGGACUCUAUUAUCUUAGAACUUGAAGAGCAGGCUGGUAAAUUCAAAGAAGUGAUUAAGGAGGUGCACUAUGAGUCAUAGAAAAAUGAUAAAGUAGAGGCUGCUCUGUUUAGAUAUCUAGACUAGCAUCCUACCAAGGUUGAUAUGAAAAAGCUAGGCGAUGGAUACUAUAAAUUUGGAAGUAGAAGAAUAUACCUAAAACUAGACAACGACUAGGUUACACUUCUAGUAAGAGUAGGGCCUAAGGAAUAUAUCACUCUGGCUAUGUUCAUAAUUGAAAAUGAAGGUAUCGAAUUACAAAAGAUGGGAAUCGGAAAAGCAUUAUUGGGAAAGUUUCACAAAUUUUGA